AUGUUUAGCAGUUGGAGUUGGCGGCUAUUAUUGGUGACGAGUGGAAUCGUUAUAAUAUGCGCAACCGCAACUGCGUAUACCACUCCAAUAACACAAACAGAAGCUUUUCAAACUGAAGGUCCAAUCAUCAUACCGCUCGAAAAAGAAAUAGUGUUAGAAAAAGGUCAGAAUCUCACGCUUAGAUGUAAAGGAAUGAAUGCAUUGCAAUUUAAGCAACAAGAAAUCCCUGAAGAAGUCAUUGGAUCGAAAUUUAUUAAAACACAAAGAACUACAGAAUCUUCUGACCCUAAAUAUAAAUACGAAACUGAACUCAGCUUGUAUAACGUCGACCAAUUUUCAGUCGGUUACUACGCUUGUUUUGAUAGUACAGUUAAUGGCAGCGAUAUAUUAAACAAUGUAAUGGAGGAACCGAAUGACACCGAACACAUCACUUACGUUUAUAUCUAUGUUAAUGGCACGAAUAGCUUGUUCGCACCCAUGAGGGAGGUCGUAAAAGCCAGAAGCGGGUCAAAGGUCGUAAUUGAAUGUAGACCUACGACACCGGACAUAAAAGUUACACUUGUGGGGGACUUUCCAGACAUUGAAUAUGAGCAAUAUGAUCCUAAAGUUGGGUUCACCCUUGAUAGUGAUGUUUUUUCGGGUCUUCCGAUAAUCAUUGUGAGUUGUGACGCUAAGAGGCGAGAUGGUUUUGCGGAAAGAAAAGACAUAUUUGUACAUAAACAUUCGAACGUUCCACCACCUGAGCCAAAAAUAAUUGGUGGAUUACAGUAUUAUCUUGAUGGAGAAUAUUUCUCUCUUAAUUGUACAGUCAAAUAUCAAAGUAAUUCUGCCUUGGCAUUAAUUUGGGAGACGCCGAAUCCGACAUCAAAGGUAUAUCUUAGAACUAACGAGAAUGAAACGACUGGUGGAAUUUUAUAUUCCAAUAUAACGAUAACGAAUGCUACAGUGGAAGACGCAGGAGUUUACACAUGCGUUUCAAAAAAUAGCUACGGGCAAAGGAACGUUUCCUUUGAGAAGAAGCAUUUAGAUACCGGGUUUAUAAAUUUAACAAGAGGUGGCAAAAGCGACCCGAUUGAAACGAGUCAAAGGAUAUUUCGAUUAUUGUCGUACAUAAACGACUAUCCACCGGCACAUAUUGUUUUCUUCCGCGAUGGUAAAGAAUUAUCUAUGAAUAAAUCAAAGUACGACAUAAGAAGAACUGAUUCUGGAGCCGUGACGUUGCUUAUUAGAAAUUUGACCGUGAUGGAUACGGCAAAUUACACUUGUGUUGCAACAAACCAGUUUACAUCAAAGAGUGUAACAUUUGAUUUGAGAGUUAAAGCUUCUCCAAUAGUUGAUUUUGGGCCUGACGCUGAUAGAAAGUAUGUAGAGAAUACUGUGGCAAAUCUACAAUGUAAGGUAAUAGGUUAUCCUUUGCCCACAAUUGAUUGGAUAUUUACUAAUGAUCAGGGUGAUGAGCAAGCGUUAGUGUCCGAUAAAAAUAUAGCAACAUUGAAUACAGUAACAUCAUAUCUCCCAAUACCAGUCCAUACAUCUGGUAACAUUACUUGUAAGGCUUCAAAUGCAAUUGGUUCAGCAUCAGCAUCCAGGAAAUUCCUUGUAUAUGAAGUGCCUGGUGGUUUUGGUAUAAAACACAGCAACGAAACAUGGUUUUAUGAAAAUCAGAAUGUGACUAUGACAUGUCUUGCUUCGAAAUAUGAUUUUGUGAAUAUAGUAUGGGUGGGAAUAGACGGCGUAGAAUUAGAGUCUGUGGAAUUUUUUGAGAAUCCAUUUUCUUACGUUGCGAAGCUAAAAUUAGAAAACAUAUCUCCACUCCAAGCCGGUAACUAUACGUGUUACGCAGUGAGAAUGGAUGAUACAGAAGAAAGUCAAACUAUAUCAAUCACUGUAGCAGCGAUAAAACCACCCAUUAUAAUUGAACCAAAAAAAGAGCAGAAUGAAGAAGUAUAUCCAUAUCAACCACUUCAGCUUACUUGUCAAGCGGAAGCUGUUCCACCUCCACGCAUUGAAUGGUAUAAGGAUGAAAUAAUUUUACAAAACGAGACCAAUACUGAGAUUAUUACAGAAGCCUUAGACCACAGUAAAGUAAAUUCAACUGUUUUAAUAAAACAAAUGUUAGAAGAAAAUAAAGGCAAAUACAAGUGUGUUGCUGAGAGUAGAGGUGAAACUAAAAUAGGACUUUUCAAUAUAGCUAUAAAAGAGAAAUCAACUUAUAAGACGGCAUACUUAACCGUUAUAGGAGUAAUAGUUUUUGUAUUAAUAUUGUUGAUCGUUUACCUUGCGUGGAAGAUUCGCAAGGAAAAGCAAUUUAGAAAGGAACUUGCAGCGGCUGGAUUGUUGUAUUUUAAAGAAGGUGUAACUAGGUCUCUUAAUCCUGAAUUAGGAAUUGAUGAACAAGCGGAGCUUCUACCAUAUGAUGAACGGUUUGAGUUUCCACCAGAAAAACUUGUUUUAGGUAAACAAUUGGGUGCUGGAGCAUUCGGGGUUGUUUAUAAAGCAGAAGCUCGUGGAAUAAUCGAUGCCGAAGAAACAACACAGGUGGCGGUGAAAAUGGUAAAGAAGACCGCUGAUAAUAUGUAUAUCAAAGCUCUAGCUUCAGAGCUUAAGAUAAUGGUGCAUCUUGGAAAACAUAUAAAUAUUGUUAAUCUUCUAGGAGCAUGCACAAAAAAUGUUGGAAAACGUGAAUUGAUUGUAAUUGUAGAGUACUGUAAAUUCGGUAAUAUUCACAACUAUCUGCAGAAGCAUCGUGAGGUAUUUAUUGAUCAGCUCACGGAUAAUAAGGACAAGAAUCUUGGUAAAGUCAAUAAAGCUUUUUCGUGCAGCAGCGGAAGCAGCGCAAUGCAAUCUGACUACUUCAGCUCAAACCAUACGCAAGAAACUGAUCAUACAUUUUUGAAUACAGCAAACACGAAUAGAUCGGGAAGAAAAGUAUCAGAGACGGGUUACGUUCAGCCCGAAUGGCGUUCUAACUACGAAAGUGAUUACAGUGAUGGUCGAGCACCACGACCACUCUUUUCAAGGGAUCUCCUAGCUUGGGCCUUCCAAAUCGCCAGAGGAAUGGAGUAUCUCGCAAGCAGAAAGGUCUUGCACGGAGAUUUAGCGGCGAGAAACAUAUUACUGGCAGAAGAUAAUAUUGUAAAAAUUUGCGACUUCGGUCUUGCACGGAGUAUUUACAAGAAUGACGAAUAUCAAAAGAAAGAAAAUAGUCCUUUACCAGUAAAGUGGUUGGCAAUCGAAUGCAUGACUGAUCGAAUAUUUUCUACUCAGUCAGACGUGUGGUCUUUUGGCAUUGUCCUUUGGGAACUAUUUUCGCUUGCUAAGACGCCGUAUCCGAAUAUAAGUCCACCGAGCCUGCUACAAUGGUUGUCUGCGGGGCAUCGAUUAGAGAAACCCGCUUACGCAGAUGAUCGUUUAUAUGAUGUCAUGCUUCGUUGCUGGGCUUCAAAACCCACUGAGCGUCCUUCUUUUACACAGCUUCAGGAAAUACUUGGCGGAUUCCUUGAAGAUAACGUCCGAAAUCACUACGUUGAUCUUAACUCUGCAUACAUGGAUAUGAAUAUUAAAACAGAAGGCCAAGAAGAUUACUUAGCCAUGGUGUGUGCUCCUGAUUAUAACAAUUUAGUAACGCCAAGUCCUCACCACUACGUAAAUGAUACCAGGAGCUUCUUCCCACCCACUCCUACACAAUUACAGCAUGAUGACGAAGGUUAUUUACAAAUGAGCCCUGCAACAAAUCAGAAUACAUUUAGCCCUCGUGCAGCUAGCACCAAAUUUGAUUUUGACGCUAGGAAAUUAAACCCUUGUGCUGAAGCAACGACGUAUGGUUCGGAACUAACUCCCAUGUUGACUCUAAAUAAUGUAGCAGCAAGAAGUGGAUCAGAAUCUGAUCAUGAUGGUAUGUUGCUGUUUGUUUAG